ACAGAUGUGAAACGUCAAACGUAUUGUAUACAAUCCAAAUGAUCCAUUUACACCCAGAAUGUUUCUGGAACAUAUAGACUGGAAAAAUCCUCGAUUUUCGCGAUGGAAUCUCAGCAAACUCGGCAAAUUGAACCAGGCCCAGCUUGACGCUUUCUUUGAAGACGAUGCCACUGAUUUUCCCGACUUCACCGAAACCGAAUUGAGAUACCUCUGUGAAAAGGUUCCGUGUCACAUCGAGCUGUUCCACUCGAAUGUGUGCCAUGGCGUGAAGAAGAGUUGGCCAAAGCGACAAUUCGGCCGAGCCACAUUCGACGAUUUGGCACCAUGGCAAAAACGUCGUUUGUACCAGAAAAUGGAAAGAAACGCCGUGUAUUUGUACAAUAAAUAUGUUGAUGAGGAUCGUUUGAAGAAACGACGAAUCAAUCGUUCAAAUCGUGCCUUGGCCCCAUAUUAUGAAGAAAGAUACCUGAAAAAUUGCUUCAAUCGCAUUAAAGCACUUGGUGAUGCUGAGUAUGACCGAAUGAAUAUGAGCGAUUCAGACGCCUCAUUGAUAACGGUGAUUAACACACAAGAUUACGAAAGUGGUUCUCCGUUGAGAAGAGGUCGAAUACGUGCAAAACCUGGUCCAAAGAGUUCAAAAUCUGUAAAGAGCUCGAAGCCUGGUCCAAAGAGUUCAAAACCCAGUUCACGGCAUUCGAAAUCCAGUUCACAACGUUCGAGAUCACGUACAUCAGUGCACAGCGAUUCCGGUCCAGAAAUUGAAAUGGAUAGUCAAAUUAUCUAUGAACAUUCGUCUGAAGACGAUGAUGCGGAUGAAUAUUUGUCGGCCAAUGAAGAGGAACCCAGCCAAGGCAAGAGAUCAAAUCGAAACGGGCCAUCGUCUGUAGCAAGUCCAAAUAAUAUCAAAUCUGAGGGAUCGUCACCAUUUCUUACACCGAACAAAGAAAUGGAAGAUGUUGCCCCGAUCUCAACGCCAAAUAUUAAACAACUGCGUCAGCUACGAUCCAAUUUAUUCCGAGUUGAAUCCGAAAAUAAUGUUGAACGUGAUCACAGCGUUGCAAUGGUAAUUGAAAUCGAAAGCGAACCGAUCGUUGAAUUUGCACUGCCAAAUCCGAUCCGUGCGGCAAGAAAAUCUGGCAACACCGGCAUCGCCGGAGGAAAUUCAAUUGAAAAUGUUGAUAGUGGUUCGGAUGAUUCGUCGUCCGUUGACGAACUGCCAUUAGUCAUUGAUGAACGGUUCAACGAUUUGCUGUCCGAAAGUUCUGCCACCUCAUCGAUUCAAAUUAGCAACGAUGAUAUUGAAUCACUGCGUUUGGCAUCCUCACUACAAAUGGAUCCGAGUGAUUUUAUGAUGAUCAACUCACACGAUCUAUCCAUACUGCAUGACAUAAAUAUCAACGAGAAUUUGGAAAUCAUCUCAAGUCCCAGCCUGACGAGCAGCUAUUCACUUCGACACAAAACAAACAGGUCGAACAACAGUUACUCAUUGCGUCAUCGAAAAAAUACCACACAUACCUAAAAAAAUGUUUGGCAAGAAUUGUGAAUAUUAAAGAUUCAAUUUGUUAGGUAAUCUAAUGUUCGCUUGAGAGCCAAUUUAGAAUCAAAAUUAAAUGCCAAAAAAUUUGUUUUGUUUUUGCUUUUGAAAACAUUGCAUCGCAAUAAGUGUAGGGUAAACAGACGCGUGCAAUAUUCAUAUCACUUGAGUGAUACGCCAACAUCCAUGUCGAAACGUUCUUUUUUUGCACACGUAAAGCGUCAGCAUUUUUUUUAUCAGUGAAAAUGAUUCAAAACACGAGACGUAAGCGUUGAUAUCGAACUGAAUCGAUGAGCUGCGUAUUUUUGUCACAUCAUGCAGAAGUGAACUAAACUAGUUUUACUAAAUGACAUCCCGGGAUAUACAUACCAUUUAAUUGUUUCAACCCAAAACAGCAAACGACUGAAAUUGUAUUUUUUAAAUUGUAAUAUAUCAAAAUGAGAAAAAGAAAACUUGAAA